CCUGUCGACGGAGGUGCUUUUCGUCGACGGUGUACACGCCAUCGGGUGCGCAGUGUUUCCCCUCAGAUGUACGACGUCUGGAGAUCCGCCAUUUCUUCACGGGCCGCGGCGACAAAGAAAGGCAAUUAAUGGAGAUCCUGGGAUUUCUGCGUCAUCCCAUUGGUCCAUGUCGCUGCAGUGAGCCUCCCCUCUCAGCGAGGGCAUCAGUCUGCUGCUGCACCGGGGGAAGGCCUCCUCUCUCCUCCUCACCGCGGGGUCUCCUUCCUGCUCGUCUGCACCGGGGGCCGGGCUCCACCAUCACACACACACACACACACACACUCUCUCUCCCCCUCUCUCUCUCUCUCUCUCUGCAGCUCCCGUCGGUCGCUACAUGCACUCGGUGCGGCAAGUGAGACGAGGAGGAGACGGGUGACAUCUCCGCGCACACUGUUCGGUCCUCACUGGGGGAGGAGCCAGUUGUCGAUUCUACGCCGCAAAGACGAGGCGCCGCCGCGCGGAGAGAGUGAAGGGCUGCCAUCGGUGAAGAAGAGGCCUGAAAUGACGAAGGACUCCUAGCCAGUUCCAGGGAACUGCAGUGGAGGUGGAGGAGAGAAAGAAGACUGAGGAGACAAAGUAAACCACAUGACCCAAACUCGGAAAGGCUCCAAAUUAGUGAUGUUCCCCUCGGGCGGGGAUAACCUCCUCCCCGUCGUCUCCCUCGCCAUCUCUCCCGCCCGUCCUCCCUUGUACAGCAGAGCAGCCACACAGUUCCAACACUCUGAGUCACCAUGAAGAGGCCCAAGCAGCAGACGGGGCCACUGAGCUUCCUGAACUUCUUCAGCAGAAAGCCCAAAUCAGAGCCAAGGCCCGUGGAAGCCAGGCCAAAGGAGGAGGUGGCCAUCACCCUGACCCCCAGCGAGCAUCCAGAGCAGGACCUCAGUGUCACUGCAGAAGAGGCCGGAGAAUCAAGAGUUUCUGGUGCAGAAAGAGGCGAAGGAGGAGGUCCACCCGCAGCGGCUGAGGCGGGCGAGGACGGCGCCGCCACGGCCAAAUGCGCGGGCGGGGUCAGCCGUGGCUCCACUGGCGUCCUGUCGCUCUCCUCCUCCAGCCAGGAGCAGCUGUUGGACGAACAUCUGGAGGAGUGUCCACUGUGCCUGCUCAGUCAACCGCGUUGCCACUUCCCGCGACUCACCUCCUGUUCCCACCGGGCGUGCUCCGACUGCCUCCGCCAGUACCUGCGCAUUGAGAUAUCAGAGAGCCGGGUGGGCAUCGCAUGCCCGCAGUGCCCCGAGACACUGGCGCCGCAGGAUGUCCGUGACAUCCUGGAUGACCGGGCACUGCUGGAGCGGUUUGAGGAGUAUCAGCUGAGGCGUUUUCUAGCCGCUGAUCCAGAUACACGCUGGUGCCCUGCGCCUGACUGCAGCUAUGCGGUGAUAGCACAUGGCUGUGCAGAGUGUCCCAAGCUGAGCUGUGGCCGCGAGGGAUGCGACACAGAGUUCUGCUACCACUGUCGACAGCUGUGGCAUCCCAACCAGACGUGUGACCAGGCCCGCCGUCAGCGAGCCCGCCACACCUCGGGCGGCAACGAUGCCUCCACGCUGUACGUCUUCAAUGAAGAACCUGGUGGAGAUGCAGAGGAGAUCAAAGCGUGCCCUCGCUGCGGUGCCUACAUCAUGAAGACCAAUGACGGCAGCUGUAACCGUAUGAACUGCACUGUGUGUGCCUGUCAGUUCUGCUGGCUGUGUAUGCAGGAGAUCACCGACGUGCACUACCUCAGUCCCUCAGGAUGUACGUUUUGGGGGAAGAAGCCAUGGUCGCAAACCCGCAAGGUUCUGUGGCAGGUGGGCAUGUUGCUCGGAGCACCGGUGGUCAUCUCCCUCAUUGCGGGCAUCGCCAUCCCAGUCAUCAUUGUCGGAAUACCGAUCUACAUGGGCCGAAAGGUCCACGGUCGCUGUAAGAAAAACAAUAUCUCAGGAAGCAAGCACUACUUAACUGUGGCAAGUGGGGUGAUGAUGUCAGUCUUUGUGUCGCCAGUGAUAGCAGCUGUCACUGUGGGUAUGGGUGUUCCGCUAAUGCUGACUUAUGUGUAUGGGGUCGUCCCCAUGUCGCUCUGUAGGAACGGUUGGUGUCGUCCACAGAGUGAGCCGCCUGAAUCACACAAAAUCCAACUGGAGGACUUAGCCAGCUAUCUUCUAUUCUCUCAUGUAGUCAGCGACCACUGGACGGGUCAGAACAACCCGGCGCUCAGCGACACCAGUGUCCAGGAAGUUAGAGUCAGUAUACAGGAAGUGGGCGUUCUCCCAAGUACGAGCACCACACCCCCAGAGCUAAAUAGCUAUGUGAGAUUGGAUGAAGCCACGAAACGCCAUGAAUAUACCCAGCAGGACAGCCCAUCCGACUGCGAGGUGGUUAUUGUGCCAGAUAGCAAACUCGACGACACACAAGCGCUUCCUCUGAGGGAAGGAACCAAUAUUGAGGUCCAAGUGGAAAUCGAGACCCACCCCAGAGGCGCCCGCCAGUCCAGCCUCAGUAGCAUCCUGUCUAGCCGCAGCUUGUCAGUGGAGUCCCUGGGACACUUGCAGUCCCAGUCCCAAGACUUGUGUGCCUCAGAACUAGAAGACGGUCAAGAGGGGGAAGGAGAAGAGCAGGAGGGAAGAGAGAAACCGGGAGCGGAAGCAGCAGGAGGAGUGGAAGGAACACCAGUCUUCGUAAUAGAUGGUGUGUGAGGUCCUCCAACGCAGGCUUUGCACUUUGGUUGAAGAUUUAGUCAGGUUUAAUGGAAGUAAACUAAUCCAUGAAACACCCUUGAUGCUGGACUGACCUGAAAACCGUUGGCCAAGGCCUCCUCCUGCUCCCACCAGAUGCCUUCUAGCGCCAGCCUCUAAGCAAGACGCGGGUUCAGAGAGCGAGCGAGCGAGCGAGUGUGUGUGUGUGUGUGUGUGUGUGUGUGUGUGUGUGUGUGUGUGUGUGUGUGUGUGUGUGUGUGUGUGUGUGUGUGUGUGUGUGUGUGUGUGUGUGUGUGUGUGUGUGUGUGUGUGUGUGUGUGUGUGUGUGUGUGUGUGUGUGUGUUGUGUGUGUGUUGUGUGUGUGUUGUGUGUGUGUUGUGUGUGUGUGUGUGUGUUGUGUGUGUGAGUGACAAAUGGCAUGAGACUAUGACAUGAAAACUGGAGGGGGACAGACUGCAAUUCCGACAGGAUAGCACCCAUCAGGGAAUCUAAAAUCUAAAACAGUAGUGACUGGGAGCAUGUUAGCCAACUAUAUCAGUGGGGUUUUUCUCUCUCUGUGUUCCUUUCUGAAAGAAACUACCUUAUUCCCCCUCUACUACGAAUCUAUUUCACGAAGCCCUCUCUUCGUCUGGCUGUACUCUUAUACUUCUUUUCGUGACUUCCCACUUACAAAUAAAGAAACCCCCACGAGCAUGUUUUUUUUUAACUGUCAACGAGUGAUAAAUCAAUCACGUCCCAAGCCAUGCUGCGAGACAGAAAGAUGAUUUCUUUUUUAAACAUUGAAUAAUAUCUCCAGAAUUUUUAGGAUCCAAGUGUUCACACCUGAAUUGGGCAGCUUCAAACAAGAAGACGCAUGCCGUACUGUUCCAUUCCUGUUUUGUGAAAGAAGUCCAGCUGGAAAUGAAACUCGGGAACUGUUCCUACCUGUUGAUUGUUGUCCUCUACUGGAUACAAAGAUGCUCUGUGACACUAUGGCAGAAUUAUAACUAUUAAUCACAGAUCUUUUUACGGAAGCAGACGAGAGGCAAUAUCACGAUCACAGUGCAUUGUUUUAGUUCAGCUUUUGGCCUUGAAGAGGCCUAUUUCCUUCUGAACAGAAGGGGGAGACGUCGCUUUAGUUUGUGAUAAUGCUCCUGAUGCAGAUGCUUACUUGCAUUAGUAACAAUGUGGCAGCAACACGGCACUAUGAAGAACAACUUUAAAAACAGCUGCAUGACUACUUGCUGUGUAUCCAGGACAACACAUAUACAUACACAUACACACACACACACACACACACACACACACACACACACACACAGCAGUCGUGUGUAGCUGCAGUAGUUUGCACUGCUGAGGACAUUAACUAUAAACUGAAGACCCUCUGAAGUGAUCACAGAGCACCAACAUUACGACAGCAGCAUUACGACAGCAGCAUGACACCACCACCUCAGGCUAAAGUGUAAAGGGGGGAGUUUAUGAGAAAUACAUGGCUAUACAUGCACUGCUUAGCUUCCUGAGUGUGAAAUACCUGCGAGAGAUGAUCUCAAGACAUGACAUGAUAACCUAUGCUGGGUUGUGGGGAGAAAUGGAAUAAAGAUUUCACCAUGAAGGGAAAAAAAAUAUAAAAAUGCAA